CUUCUUAAUAUCUAGUGAUUCAAUAAUUCAGGAUAAUAUAAAAGAAUAUAACACAAAAAUAUAUGAUUCCAUUGAUAUCAUAAGAUAUAACUAUAAUAGUUGGCCUUACUAUAACAAAAAACGGAAUAAUAUUGGGAUGUAUUUAGAAAAUAUAAUAGAAUACAUUAUUAGAGAGGAGGCUAUCUAUCUCAAAGAUUUGAAGUAUAUUGAUCGAUUAAUUAAGUACCCUCUAAGGACUUAUUACUCCAAUAAACCAAAUGAAAAUAAAUUCUGUGCUAAAACUAACUGGCUUGUAAAUUUGGAUAUAUUAGAUGAUAUAUAUUACUUAUCUGUAAAAUUAAUAUGGGGCCUAGAAGAUUGCAAGCAGUUAUUAGAAAUUCAACUAAAUUCUAAUGAAAUGGUAAACCUUUUUGAAGAUCUUGUAUUGGUUCAAGAAUUUAAUGUGUACCUCAAAUAUAUAACUGGAGUUUUGCAAUAUAUUUGCUCAAACCAUGAUGUGUUUAAAAUAUGUGACAGUGAUUGUGAUAAUAUGAAUUGCCUCACAAAUAACUUUGAUUCAGAUUUUUCAAAAUAUUUACAAUUGAUACACCCACAAAUCAAAGAUAUUUAUUUGUACGUAUUGCCGCGAUUGUUAUAUAUCCCAAUUCUGCACUUCUUUUUCUAUCACCAUAUUAUACAAGAAUUGAUAAAAUUUUACGGAUCGCGAAAGUUAUUUUACCCAUCUCCUAGUACUAGUAUCAACGAAGAAUUGAUUAAACUGGAAAACGCCCUCACGGCUUUAGACUUAUUGAAAGCGGAUAUUUUAUGUCAAUGUCCUCCUUGGUUACAAGGUCAGCUUAACAGAUGUUCCCGGCCUGGCAAAGAGGACUCUGACAAUAACAAGACCGAUUGCAUCGAGGGUUGGCCCGAUAAGCCCCAUAUCAGGGCUCUCGUAAACCUCAACACCGGAAUUGUAGCCUCGAAUAACGAAUUCUCGUCCAAUUCGACUUCCGGCGCCAACAAAUUAUCCAAACCAUUGUCCGCGGAACUCCUUUUGAUGGAAGGACCUCUCCUCAAAGUUACCUCACCGGAUACUAACACUAAUCUAGAAGAACGUUAUUGUUUUUUAUGGGAAAAUGGUACAUUUAUAGCUUGCAAAUCUCCCACCUUCUUUAAUUCCUCUACCAUGAGGCGAACUUCCUUGGAAACCUUGCUUUCUACCCUGUUAGUAGAGCCUCACGUUCACACUGCCUCGCCAUUUCAUUCGCUGGGCAUCGCGAAAAAUUCCGAAUCGAAAGAAGGCAAAGAGUUCAGGGAUAAUGGGGAGGUUUUGACUGAUUGUUACAAACCUGAUUUUAAGAUCUCCGAAGGGUUCGCCAUCAAGAACUGCUCUGUUUACCCCGUGGAAGAUGACCCAUGUACUUUUCGAAUAGUUCCGAAUAAUAAUGAUAAUUUUAUAACCUCAUUUUGCUCCGAGAAAUCAUCAGAAACCUACGAUUGGCUAAGUUUUUUGAUCAAAAUUAGUACUCAAAACUCCUUGAACAAGCAGAUCUCAAGUAUGAUUGAAGCUGAUGAAUCGACUCAGCCUUACUCGAUAUUGGUACAUUUAAAAGAUAAAUAUAGAUAUUGCCAACAAGACACUCCACAAAAUAUAGUUUUUGAUUGCAAGUACGAUAAAGAAAUUCCUUUAGUAAAAGCUGGCACUCUGGACAAGUUGAUAGAAAGAUUGACCUUUCCCAAAUACUCGGAUCCCUUUUAUUUAUCUAUAUUCCUCGUGGUCUACAGGACUUUCGUGCAUCCUACCCAACUUUUUGACGCCUUAAUGGAUCGCUAUAACAUUCCCGAAAUCGAUGAUCAUACUCUGGAAAAUAUCAAGAAAUCUUUCCGUGAUCGCCACAAUAGCGCGAAAUCACUGAAUCAACCAUCGCUGACGGAAGAAAAUUUGGAGAUAGCGUGCAAGGAAGCUUUGUUGAAAUUUAGGAAAGAAUUCGUGGUUUUGGUUCAGUUUAGGGUUAUAAACGUGUUGAGGCAAUGGCUCAAUUACCAUUAUUACGAUUUCAAGAGGGAUCCCACUUUGACCUCCAAACUUCGGACUUUUUUGGACCAUUUACGUGUAAAAAAAUCGAAAAGACGAUGCGUUCAAAUGAUGAAUAAUUUGAUUGAUAAAAGGCUAGAAAAUAAGGACAAAAAUAUAGAAUUCAUUUUCAAUGUACAACCACCUCAGAUCGAAUGGUACAUAGCUAAAUCCAAAGAUCAAUUUAAUAUUUUGACGUUACACCCUGUCGAGCUAGCCCGUCAGUUAACUCUAUACGAAUUUGAGCUCUACAAGGCCAUAAAGCCUUCCGAAUUGAUCGGAACGGCAUGGAUCAAGCGGGAUAAGCAUUACACUUCGCCUAACCUCCUUAAAAUGACACAGCAUUCUACUAAAAUUACUUAUUGGCUAGAGAGAAGUAUCUUAUAUACGGAAAAUUUAGAAGAACGUACCGCUGUCCUAUUGCGUAUCAUCGAAAUUAUGCUCGUUUUGAACGAUCUCAACAAUUUUAACGGACUUUUGGAAUUUAUUAGUGCCCUCAAUUCGGCCCCCGUUUAUAGGCUGAACCAAACUUUUCAACAAUUACCCCCAAAACUCAUCAAAUUUUAUCAAGACAUGUGCGAGCUUAUGCUGGAUAAGCAUUUUAAACUUUACCGCGAAAAACUCAAGUCAAUCGACCCACCUUGCGUUCCCUUCUUAGGGAUUUACAUGUCAGAUAUCUUGCACUUAGAAGAAGGUAACCCUAAUUUUAUAACCGCUCCCGACAAAAAUACGAAUGAGGGUAAGGGGGUUAAAGAUACCCUGAUCAUAAACGCCCCUUCUUUCAUCAAUGUCAACGGGGAAACGAGCGCUGACAAUAUUGUUGAUACUGAUAAAACAAAUGCGGUUCAAGUUCAAGAUAAGAAUAUGGAAAAGAUUUUAAAGAACGAUAAAUUGGACAGUAGUGGCAAUAGGGAAGAUUCUUCAUCUCAAGGCAACGAUAAUUGUAAAUUGAUAAAUUUUUACAAAUGGACGAAAGUAGCUCAAGUUUGUAACGACAUCCAGGAUUACCAAAAUACUCCUUAUCAUUUUACUGUCGAGAUGGAUAUCAGGGCCUACAUCCAAGAAAUCGAUCCCUAUAACGGUAUCCCCGAGAUGGAAUUUGACGAUGUUUUAUAUCAGAAAUCCUUGGAAAUCGAACCCAAAGAUGCUAAACAAUUGCCUAAAUUUCCAAGGAAGUUCGAGAAUUUACCCACCCUAAAAUCUCCCGGUAUUAAGACUCUCAAACCACAGCACCAACAACAAAACCAAGCUGUUUUAAAGAGCUCAAAUCUCCCAAGCCACCGCCAUAAUUCCUUAUCCCCUUCUUCCCCGCGGGCUCAUUCCGCUUCAUUGGAUGUAUCGCGCGAUUCAUUGAUGGAUACCAAGGCACCAAAUAAUUUCAAAAAACUGUUUUUCAAAAGGAGGUCUUCUGGAGGAGGUCUUAGUAAAAAGUCUAUUAUGAAUCACUAUAAUAACGGUGAUCUUGCCAAUCGCAACGGCCACGGCGCGAAUAAGUACAACCCGAAUAAAAUACGUGACGAAGCCUACGAAACAUUUGAUAGCCCUGUCAGUCCUACGGGAUCUACUGUUCCCUUAUUAGCUAACGCUCUGCACAAUUCCUUAUCACCAUUCUCGCCUCAUUUUCCUCUUCCAAGUACUGACUCUGGGGCUAUAACAUCAAUCCCUUCUCAUAUUAUAACAAGUGCUCAAUACUCACCACCUUUAUCUCCGCUCAGUAACUCUGACACACUAUACCAUCCAUUUUUUACUUUUCCUAGACACUCUACAAUUGUCACGGACAAUAACUAUCCACCAAUAAAUAGUUCUCAAAAUUUACAAAUAUCCGAAUAUGAUGUCCAGCACGAUACGGGAAUCGUUGAUAAUCAAUAUGAUCUUAUAGUGAUGUCACCUCCUCCUAUCCUCCCCAGACUUCCUUCCGUGCCUCCACCAUUGCCACCAAAAACAGAAAGGAUGGCUCAACCGUUUACGAACAAAUAUGCUCAAGCUACUCAACAAAAUUUCGUUUUGCCUCCACCUCGAAUACCCCCUCGUAAAAAUUCGAGCAUUAAAAGCAAAAGUCGUCGAAAGGUGAAAGAAAAAUCCCCUCCAUUACCUCCUAUUUGAAAAUAAAUAAUAACCUAUUUUUUUUGGUUAAGCGAAGAUGCUACAUUAUAAAUUAUGUCAUAAUUGUUUAAACCUAUCACUAAUAAACUGUGUAAUACCUUCAAAAUCGAAUUUUCCCACCCGAGCCCGCUCGACAACAAGCCUGGCUUCUUGCGGCCCGCGGUCUGAAUUUAAAAAAAAACAUAUACGGAUCUCAAACUCGAAAUAUUUAUUUUACUCUCUAUUCCAUUCUUACGCAUCAAAUUUAAAUAAAAUACUUAUCUAUUUUAUUCCUUUAUUACAAAAUAUGAUGUAAACAAUGAAUAGUAAAAAUAUUUUCCAUCUCCUGAUUUUUUUCAUAAAAAAUUUAUUUUAUAAUCAAUCUCGAUCAUUCAAAGAUUAAUAUUUUUAGAGUCACGGGUUGGACUUAAUUUUUUUGGCGAAGUUACCACCAGACUGAUGGGUGUCAUUCAUGACUCUACUUAGAGUGCCAUUUUUAAAAAAUCUAUUAAAAUUAUACAUUAUUAUAUUUUUUUGAAUCUUAUCGAAUUAUAUGGUCAUUACAUUAAACAAUACAUAUUAUUUAUUUUUUUAUAACCACAAUUCCGCCCUUCCAUUGUUUCAUAAUUUUUUAACCCUCCCAUUUGCUCAUGGUUUUUUUAUAUGACAUUUAUAAAAAUAGAAAUUCUUCCAAAAAAUAAAUUUAUCGACCAACAGUUA